AUGGCUCGGGUUUAUGAUUCCAGUUUUACCGGAGCUCCAUCAAGCUUGGCUGAGAUAAAAUUGAGAAGAAAAAGAUCGACGACGACGCUUUUCAGCGAACCAAGUCGCCGAAACAGUGACCAGCGAUCUGAGACACUCACUGUCUCUCUCGAUUUCACCCUCUCUUCUCGAUCGACCUCUGCAUCAUGCGUGUGUGAACUAAUUCAAUCAAAUUUGUGCGUGGGUUCAUCAAACACAUGGGGUGAAAGAAAAAGUUACAUAAAUUCUUGGUGGAAACCAAAUAUAACUAGGGGAUAUCUUUACUUGGAUAGAACCCCAAAUGAGCACUUACCAUGGCCUAUUGCCUAUCCCCCUUAUAGAAUUUAUAGUGACAAUUCGCGAUACGCGCCUUACAACAAACAUGCAGCGCCAUUCGCGAUUAGAAUGAUAAGUGUAAUUGAGGAGACAUUCGCGGAGGACCAUGGCCACCGAGUCAGGUGGUAUGUUAUGACUGACGACGACACUGUGUUAUUGAUUGACAAUUUGGUUAGCGUGCUCUCGAAGUAUGAUCAUACAAAAUACUAUUAUGUUGGGAUGAAUUCAGAGUGUGUUGUGAGUAAUUUUGGGAAUUCAUUUCAAAUGGCAUUUGGUGGUGCUGGUUAUGCUUUGAGUUACCCUUUAGCACAAGCUGUGGCUAAGAACAUGGAUACAUGCAUUAAGAGUUAUCCAAAUGUGUAUGGAAGUGACCACAUGUUACAAGCAUGCAUUGCUGAUUUAGGAGUCACCAUUACACUAGAAAAAGGGUUUCAUCAGGUGAGUAAUUAA